AUGAUUCCCACGACUGCACUUGCCAACUCGCUACCGCGUAAUAUUCUUGGCAAGAAGCAUACACGUGCCGGGAGACCUAAAAGUCGAGGUGGCUGCAUUUCAUGUAAACUGCUGCACCAAAAAUGCAACGAAGUAAAGCCAACAUGCAAUCAAUGCCAGAAGUCCGAUCGAACCUGUAACUAUGGUCCGACCGAGAAGAAGCAACGGAGCGGCAUCACACCCCAGAGACGACCGGUCCUUCCCAAGCCGGAGACACAUGAUGUAGUCACUACGAGAUCUCUCUAUGUUCGGCCGAGAGCGAGCCCCUUGGAAGCGGAUGAGGUCCCGUAUUUUGACAUGUUCAGGGCGCAGGUUCUCCAAGACUUUACAUACACUCCAUGUACCCUGUUUUGGAACCGUGUGAUCCCUAGAGAAUCCAUGGGAGACGAGUGCGUGCGAUGGUCUGUGUUAAGUAUUGGGGCUCUAAUGCUGGCACUGCGUUCCCCAAACCCUGAACCCAUGGUAAAGCUGCUCGAGGGACGCGGGGACACCAUGUAUCAGACUGCCAUGACGUACCAUGCCAAAGCCACCACAGCGCUCCACACAAGGAUGCUCAAGGAAUUUCACACCAUUUCACGCCGGAAUGUGUUGAUCAACAUGUUUUUGCUAUUUCUCUUUGAGCUUUUAAUAGGAAACACCAAAGCCGCCGAUCAGCUGCUGGUGAGCAGCGUUGAGCUAUUGAAGCAGAAGCACGACCAACUUGUGGUUGAGAUAAAUUCGCAACACCAUGCACAAGAUCUUCACAAUUACGUUGCGCCUUCUAACGACGAUGGUUUGACUACCCCCCUUUUCCCCUUGCAGACGACGUGCUGGUCUAGGCUACCAUCGCGCCCUAUCCCUGGCAAUAUGCCGACUAUUGAUACUAGUUUCGAAGAAUUCGGAGCAAUGUGGAAUAGUUUCAUCACGCGGGCUGUUAUAUUUGUUGUCAAAGCCAUACAGGAAUGUCAAAAUGAUGACCACUCAGACAAAUUUGUGAUGCUUUUGGACCAUCGGACCACCUUUCUUCAACAGUUGCGGCAAUGGGAAGUGGCAAUCCUGCUGAGACUAGAAGCGGAGAAAAAUCCCAUCAGGUCCUAUCUUUUCAACAUAUUUCAUAUGGGCCAAAAGGUUGUAUUCAUCCUUAUGAGCUGCUGUUAUGACGCGACGGAGAUGUUAUAUGAUCAGUUCAACUCCACGUUCCGGGAAAUUGUCUCUAUGGCCUGCUCCUUUGGAGGUACAUCGAGGCGCUUUUCACAAAUCGAGACUGCUCUCGACAUCUAUACUCUCCCGGUACUAAAUUUCGUGUCGCAAAAAUGCAGAGACAAAGCCAUCCGCUCAGAAGCACUAGACAGUUUCGAUAAGAUGACAUUGUUAACGCGUAAUUGGGAUGUCAAGGCUAGUUCGCUGGCUAGACGUCAGCUUAUGGCUUUGGAAGAGGAGAGUCAGGAUGCUUCGGGUUAUAUUCCGGCGAGCGGCAGAUAUGUGUGGACUGGUGCAUCAUGGGAUCAGGAUUACUCGAGGCUCCACAUUGUAUUCACCGGCGUUGUCUCUGGUAAAAACGGGAUACGAAUACAAAGACAUCUAAAUAUUUGCGUACAGAGUUUGAAGAGUAGGGUAAAUAGAGGAUCUACAGCGUACUGAAAACGUUAUCUUGCCCUUGGUCAAUAGUUUACAACUCAG